UUCAACGACUACUGUAACAAUAUUCACAAUGGUUCUCACGCACUCCACCAACCACACCUACUCCCACCCUUUCCCGACCGUCACCCUCGCCUACUUCCUGCGAUACUCUUCCCCUCAGCUUAAUCCUUUCGCCGCCCAUGUCCUCAGCACCGACACCAUCUCUAGCCAUGUCGACCCGAAAACCCAGCGCCUCUACACCACUCGCAUCCACCUGAAGAAGAGCCGCAUGCCCAGCGCAGUAUACAAAUUGCUGCCCGCAAGCGUCUCGGGUGGUACCUCUGGCGAGAAGGCCUCAUACAUUCUCGAGACCAGUGUUGUGGACAUCAAGGAAGGAUGGAUGAAGACGGAGAGUCGCAAUCUCAACUUCACUGGUGUACUUUCCGUUGUCGAAAAGCAACACUUCAAAGUCCCCAGCUCGCUUGAGGCUGUUGCCAGGAACGAGACCGACGUCAACUCUAGUGUCAUGUUCAAGUCAAGACUCGGAGAGAAAAUCAGAGGAAAGAUUGGCCAGGCCCAGGAGAGCAGUGGAUGGCUGCCCGGAUUCCUUGGCGGACUCGGCGCCAAGGGCAUUCAGCGCAGCAUUGAGAGCCUCGCCUCCACCAAGACCAUCGAUCAGCUCAGCAAGAGCCGUGACGGCAUGCGGCUUGUUCUCGAGCGCCUUCGCAACGGCGGAGUCAUCGGAGUCAUGGAAAAACUCCGCCAAGAGCGCCAGAGACAAGCUGCGGCCAUGUAACAAAAGAAACCUGUACGAAUGAAGGAAGAAAAAGAAAACAAGGAGCGGUGUGCCGGGUUGAAUGCAACCAACCGGGGCGGGACGGAUAUCGCCCUCACGCAACACCAGCUUUCAUGAUAACGCAACUUGUACCCCUACAUGUAUAUUACCACUCUUUUCUUUUCUCUUAGCAUGGCGCUCUGUGUUUUUACUCGGGUUGUUUUUCUUUUCAACGGCGUCAUGAGGUUCACGGAAUGGCUGCAGCCGAGUGCUGCGGCGCCGAGGAGGAAAAUUCACGCGUACCGAGUCACGCAGUAGGAAAAAUGUGUGACAUCCCCUCUCUUGAAUUGAGUCAAGACAGCGAAAAGCAAUAAAAAUUAUUAACAUUU